GUGAGAGCUAAAAUGGCAUCAUCAACAAUUGUAUCUAAAAAGAUGAUUAAGCUUUUCUCCCCAACUCCUCCUUCACUUAGAUGUCACAAACUCUCUUUUAUGGAUCACAUAAAUAUUCCUCUACAUUCUCCAUUUGCCUUCUUCUACCCUAAACCUCAAAAUUAUAGUAACAAAAUUAGUCAAAUAUCACAAAUUCUUGAAAAUUCCCUUUCAAAAGUAUUAUCCUUUUAUUAUCCCUUAGCGGGAAAAAUCAAGGAUAAUAAUACGUAUGUCGAUUGUGAUGACACAGGUGCUGAGUAUUUAAAUGUCCGUAUCAAUUGUCCAAUGUCUCAAAUUCUCAACCACCCUUAUAAUGAUGUUGUAGAUGUAGUCUUCCCAAAAGAUUUGCCUUGGAGUAGUACCUUGAAUCGAAGUCCACUAGUGGUCCAAUUAAGCCAUUUUGAUUGUGGUGGAAUAGCAAUCAGUGCAUGUAUGUCACAUACAAUUAUUGAUGGAUAUAGUAGCACUAAAUUCAUUAAUGAUUGGGCUGCUAUAGCUCGACAUGUGGAUUUCAAACCAUCUCCUCAGUUUAAUGCAUCUACAUUCUUCCCUCUAAUGAUGAGGGAUGCUUCGAGUAGUACUCUACCUGUAAUGCAUCAUCCAUCACAACGUCAUGUGUCAAGAAUAUACAAUUUCUCAUCCUCUAAUUUAGGACGACUCAAGGAUAUUGUAACAAAAAAUUCACAUGUAAACAAUCCAACUCGCCUUGAAGUUGCCUCAGCACUUGUUCAUAAAUGUGGAGUGAUUAUGUCAAUGGAGAAAUCAGGCAUGUUCAAACCAACUCUAAUGAGCCAUGCUAUAAAUUUACGCCCACCAAUUCCACUAAACACAAUGGGAAAUGCUACAUGUAUCAUUCUCACAAAAACGAUGACAGAAGAUGAGGUAAAACUUCCAAACUUCGUUGCUCAAUUACAGAAGGAUAAACAACAACUUCGAGGCAAGUUAAAGGAUAUGAAUAAAGAUAUGAUACCCUUAUAUACACUUGAACUAGCUAAAAACGUGAUGAACAUAAUAGAGAAGGAUACAUGUGAUGUUUAUCUUUGCUCAGGGAUAAGCAAUACUGGAUUACAUAAGAUCGAUUUCGGAUGGGGUAGGCCUGUAAGAGUAACCCUAGCAACACAUCCAAUGAAGAACAACUUCUUGUUCUUGGAUGAACCAAGUGGAGAUGGGAUAAAUGUACUAAUCACUUUAACAAAAGAUGAUAUGUUGAAUUUUCAGAACAACAAGGAGCUUCUACAGUUUGCUUCUCCAGUUGUUGAAUCAACCAAAUAA